CCUUACAUAAAACUCCAGCCGGUAGAUGAGUAGAAUCUUGCUAGAUCGCAAACUCUUGGGUCCUGUUUUUUUGUGCUGAGAAAAACCUCUGUUAAAAACGUUGUUGAAAUAAGGGCUGUUUGUCCCAAGAGAGUUAAACAUGUGGUGUCCUGAAGGAUUGAUGAAAGAAAACUGAAAUACUAGAGAGUUCAUCAUGCUUUCGUUUACCCUAUGUGGGCAGAAUAUGUUUCACGAUAUGAAGCGGGGCGCGAUCGUCUGUUUGCUCCUGGUAACAAUGUUCACACAGUCAGCCGGCUGUGUGGCACACACCACAAUUCAUCCCAGUGGAGAAACAGCGAGUGUGCCUACAUUAUUGACUGAAUCACGGACUACAAUAAUGUCAGCCCAGUAUAAAUGCUACUUAAAGAUCAUCAGGGACCCACCUUAUGAAACAAAAGGUUCCUAUUGCAACCGUACCUGGGAUGGAUGGCUGUGUUGGGACGACACUCCCGCCGGAUCAACCUCUGUGCGGCAUUGCCCAAACUAUUUCCAGAGCUUUGAUCUUACGGAAAAAGUAACCAAGAUUUGCACGGAAAACGGAAGGUGGUUCCAACACCCAAUGAGUAACCGGACGUGGACAAACUAUACCCAGUGUACGGUGUACACACAGGGGAAGAAGAUGAUGGCAUUGAACCUAUACUACGUGGCCAUCACAGGACAUGGAAUCUCCAUCAUCUGCUUGUUGAUUUCCCUUUGCAUUUUCUUCCACUUCAAGAGCCUCAGCUGCCAGAGAAUCUCACUACACAAAAGCCUCUUUGUAUCGUUCAUCCUCAACUCCAUAGUCACCAUCAUUUGGCUGUCUGCCGUGGUAAACAACAAGGAACUGAUGGAAAGGAAUCCUGUUGGCUGUAAGAUACUACUCUUCAUUCAGUUGUACUUGAUGGGAUGCAAUUACUUCUGGAUGCUGUGCGAAGGGGUCUACCUGCACACUCUCAUCAUUGUGGCUGUGUUUGUGGAGGAGCAGAAGUUAUUCUGGUACUACGUACUUGGAUGGGGGUUCCCACUGAUUCCAGCCAUUAUACAUUCAAUUGCCAGGAACACAUACUUCAAUGACAAUUGCUGGAUGAGUCCAGAUACGCAUCUCAUUUACAUUGUCCAUGGUCCAAUCUAUGCUGCAUUAUUGGUGAAUCUGCUCUUCCUGCUGAACAUUGUUCGUGUACUGAUCAUCAAGCUGAAGGUGACACACCAGGUGCAAUUUAAAGUGUACAUAAAGGUUGUCCGAGCCACACUCAUCCUUGUGCCACUCCUGGGGAUCCAGAUAGUUCUGAUUCCAAUGAGGCCGGACGGAGACUUGACCGGCAAGAUUUAUCAUCACGUGACGCACAUUGCUGGACAUUAUCAGGGUUUUCUGGUGACACUGAUAUUCUGCUUCUUUAAUGGAGAGGUACAAACUGCUUUGAAGAAGCACUGGUCACAAUACAGAGACCAGAGCAGUCACCAGUUUACCAACACAGAAGGCUCCCAUUCUAACGUGACGUCAAUGUCGGAGAUUUCCCGAGGCUGUCUUGUGCAGUCCGGCAACAAGAACCGUACUAAUGGCAAGAGCUGGUGUGAGGCUCUCCCACAGAAAAUAAUCAGCAACUCUGUGUGAGAAGCUUUACUUUCCCAAGGGUAAACAAGGCCUUAUCUCCAUGCUCCAUUUAAAGGAAUGAGGUACAGUCUGCCUGGUUUGGAAAUACGCAGACAUGUUUCCUUCAGCUUAUUUCUGGUUCCUUUGACAAGUAACAUUACAACUCUCCCUCUACCCUUGACAAUAAAACAAACUCAUUCUGUGUGUGUUCCCUUGAACAAUUUGAGAGGCCAAGGUCAGUAAAACAAUGUCAUGAAAAGCUCUUAAAGUUGAAAUUUGAGAACUGGUUAAACCAUUUCAACAACUAGUUUCAACGUGGGAAAAUUUGUCAAUUCUUGAGUGGCCAAGUCAAUCACCCGAUCUGAACCCAAUUGAGUAUGCCUUUUAUAUGCUGAAGAGAAAACUGAAGGGGACCAGCUCC